AUGUUUCUUCUCCCUCUACCCAACCUCGACAAACCCGGCCAUGGAGGAACUCGGCUACAGAAGAUUGAGAUUCCCACAAAGGAACCCAUUCUUCAUGAACAACCCAUCAAUCACCAUGUCUCCCCUGAAUCCAAGGGGAAGGUUGAGAAGGACACACGAGAAAGUUGCAAUGCCAUAAAUUGGGCCACUUUUGAAACCAAGGUUUCGCUACACGCAGAGGAAGUUGGCAAUGUGCAAAAGCUUGGUGGGGAAAUGGAAGAGCACCCAAACGGGGACGGAGAAUCGAAAGCAAAUGUUGCACCACGUUCUUCGAUUGAAGAAGAACAUAUUGAAGGUUUUGAUGCAGAGACAGUGAUGGAAGAGUCGUUAGAGUCAUUGUUUUCCAUCUCGAUCGGGAAAAAUCAAUAA